UUUUGCUCCUCUCCAACUAAUCUCAUUUCCCCUCUUCCUGCAUUCGUAUGCAGUCUCUCUCUUGUUUCCGCACACAGAUACAUGGACUCACCCUCUCGCUCCUCCGUCAUCAUCGUCGGAGCUGGUAUUUCCGGUAUCUCUGCCGCGAAAGUGUUGGCUGAGAACGGAAUAGAGGACAUGGUGAUUCUGGAGGCUUCCGACCGUAUCGGCGGUAGGAUCAGGAAGGAAAAUUUCGGAGGUGUGUCGGCGGAACUUGGAGCUGGUUGGAUUGCCGGAGUUGGUGGUAAAGAGUCCAAUCCUGUUUGGGAACUAGCCGCCAAAUCUGGCCUCCGAACCUGCCUCUCUGAUUACAGCAAUGCGCGCUACAAUAUCUAUGAUCGCAGCGGGAAAAUCUUUCCGAGUGGAAUCGCUGCCGACUCUUACAAAAAGGCGGUGGAGUCGGCAAUUCAAAAGCUGAAGAACCAGGAUGCCGAUCACGGUGGCGACGUCAACAAAAUAACAGAACCUCCUUCGUCGCCAAAGACGCCAAUAGAGCUGGCCAUUGAUUUUAUCCUACAUGAUUUCGAAAUGGCAGAGGUGGAGCCAAUAUCUACAUAUGUAGACUUUGGGGAGAGAGAAUUUUUAGUUGCGGAUGAACGAGGGUAUGAGCAUCUGCUGUAUAGAAUGGCUGAAGAUUUUCUCUUCACUUCAGAGGGUGUCAUCUUGGACAGUCGUCUCAAGCUUAACAAGGUCGUCCGGGAAUUGCAGCACUCGAGAAGGGGCGUUACCCUAAUAACGGAAGAUGGUUGCGUUUUCGAGGCUGACUACGUGAUUCUAUCUGUUAGUAUUGGCGUCCUCCAAAGCGAGCUUAUCGCCUUUCACCCUCCUUUACCUAGGUGGAAAGUGGAAGCCAUAGGGGAAUGUGAUGUGAUGGUCUACACUAAAAUCUUUCUGAAGUUUCCGUGUAAGUUCUGGCCAAGUGGACCCGAAAAGGAAUUCUUCAUCUAUGCUCAUGAGCGGAGAGGCUAUUACACAUUUUGGCAGCACAUGGAGAAUGCUUACCCUGGCUCCCACAUCUUGGUUGUGACAUUGACCAAUGAGGAAUCGAAACGCGUAGAAGCUCAAUCUGAUAGAGAGACCCUAAAAGAAGCUAUGGCGGUUCUUAAGGAUAUGUUUGGACCCAACAUACCAGAUGCCACUGAUAUACUUGUUCCCCGCUGGUGGAAUAAUAGAUUCCAGCGUGGCAGCUAUAGCAACUAUCCCAUUAUCUCUAACCCGCAAGUUGUGCAUAAUAUUCAGGCCCCAGUUGGUCGUAUUUUCUUUACUGGAGAGCACACAAGUGAAAGAUUUAAUGGCUACGUCCAUGGUGGAUACCUCUCAGGUAUUGACACCAGCAAAAUGUUACUAGAAGAAAUGAAGAAAGAGAAGGAAAGAAAAAGUGAGAGCAAAACUUUAUUACUAGAACCCUUGCUAGCAUUGACUGGUUCACUAACCUUGUCACAACCAGACACAGUGUCCAACCUCCACAAAUGGGACAUUCCCACACAAUUAUACCUCAGCAGCAAGCUUGGGAUCGCAGAGGCCAUAUUAUGACAAUAUGGUUACGGUAGACAUCAUAAUCACAAAACCUAUGAACGUGGUAAGGAUGAAACAUACAUCAUGACUUACCAGAAUCAUCAUCUAGGCCUGACAGGCCUUGGUCCUGGGUCAUCUCUUCAAUCAAGCCUUUAACUUGGUGCCACUGGUGUUUGCAUCAAAAAAGGAAAUUCUUGGGUAGCUUCUUUCCAUAAAAGAUUGAUCCACUGAGUCUAAUCACAAAGAUACACAUAAUCUGUUUGAUAUGUUUAUGUGUAUCUUUAUAAUUGACUGAGUUGGCAUAUUAUGCUUAGGCUGAAAUUAUUUGAAUUUCUUUCCUCAAGAAGUUAUAAUGGUGAGGUGAUGAAGAAGUGGGAAAAAUCUACUUGGAUCUCUAAUCGUUACUGGUUUCUGCUAAUGGAGCUGACUUGGUUAUUUAUAUAUAUAUAUAUUUUUUUUUUCUGGAGGGCAAUUCAUUGUUUUAGUCAUAGUUAUCAAAGCUUUGUUCUUUGUAGCCAGAGGAUUAUGUUUGCUUAGAUUGUAGUUUUAUUGACAGUUGAUGAUUUCCAGUUAAAGAACCCUCUCGCUGAUUGGUUUCGGAAAUCAUGUGCCUAGUUCUAAUUUUAGGGGCUGAUUUGGUUGUGUGUAGUGUUAUGCCAAUCAUUAUUGUAUUUGUAUCUAA